AUGCCAGCUAUUCAAACUGAUCUUGCUACCGAGCAAGCAACAUUCAAUGCUGAGGUCGAGUCUAUUGAGGCUGCAUGGAAAUGUCCUCGUCAAGCUCACCUUGUGCGCCCAUACUCUGCCCGAACAAUUGCAGGGCUUAGAAAUUCUAUCCCACAAACAUAUGCAUCCAGUACUAUGGCAGACAAACUUUGGGCCCAACUGAAUGAACAUCGCAAGGAUGGGACUUGUGAACUUACUUACGGUGCCACGGAUCCAAUCCAAGUUUCCCAAAUGGCAAAGCAUCAACAGACAGUGUAUGUUUCUGGAUCUCUUUGUGGUGUCUCUGAGGUUUCAACACCAGGUCGCGACGCAGCAGACUAUCCUUGGGAUACUGUGCCUAAAGCAGUCGACAAGAUUUUCCGCUCACAGAUGUGGCAUGACCAGCGUCAAAGACAUGAGCUCGAAAAUUGGGAUUACCUCGCACCAAUCAUUGCAGACGCAGACAUGGGGUUCGGUGGUCUGACAUCGAUUGUGAAGAUGACGAAAGCUUUUGUUGAAGCUGGUGUAGCGAUGAUUCAUAUGGAUGAUCUUGCUAUUGGUAUGAAGCGUUUUUCGAUGGGAAUGGGAAGAACGGCGGUACCCACCAGCGAGUACGUCUCGAGGUUGACCGCUGUUAGAAUGCAAUUUGACAUCAUGGGAGCAACAACAAUGCUGAUGUGUCGCUGCGACACCGCAACCUACCAUCCUUACAUCCUAGGAGCCACCAAAGACGUCCCAUCACUCGCCUCAGCGAUAUCUAUUUCAACCACAACUCCAGAGUACCAGUCCAUCCGCAAGACCUGGAAAGAAUCCGCGGGUCUCAUGACCUUCGACGAAGCCGUGAAAGCCCUCGCAGCAGAAGAGCAGUACAAAACCUACUCUUCCAAGCUGUCAGAACAAGAAGUCACGCCCAUGACAGAACGAAGAAAGAUCGCAAAACAGAUUCUAGGACAAGACGUACUAUGGGACUGGGAACUCCCUCGCAGUACAAAAGGUCAAUAUAUGUGGAAGCCCACAAUUCAAACAGUAAUCGAACGAGCCAGCGCUGUUGCACAACUCGGAGACGUGACGUGGGCUCGAAUCGACGCUCCCACCUGGCCAGACCUCGUUACGUUCCACGAGGCUACGAAUGCUAAGUUUCCCAAUCGCCUCUUCGGUUUCGGCUAUGUUGGAGGGUACGACUUCUCCAAAGCAGGUUUCAGUGAAGAGCAGAUCAAGAAUCUGCACAAGGAUCUUGCGAAACUGGGUGUUGUAUGGCAAGUUCAGCCGGUGUGGGUUACCAUGGCGUUGAGUGAUGUUACGGAUAAGUUUGGGAAGAUGUGGCAGGAGGAAGGGAUGGGGAUGUGGGUUAGGGAUUGCCAGAGAACUGGGUGGAUGAAGGGUGUUGAUGGAGCCCAUAAGAUGGGCUGGAGUGGAGGGUAUCUUGCCGAUGGUUUUGCGGAGGCAGUUAGUGGGAGGGAUAUGGUGCUUUGA